AUGAUCGAAACGUCUCCGGAUGGAUAAACUCACUCAGUUAUCUCACCGUCUCCCGCACCGACAACUUGGACUGUUUACUCGCCGGAACCACCUGUACGUGUAGAUUUUAUAGACUAGCUUCUCCUUCUCGCUUGAGUUCAGGAAAGUCGGUUUAACUCACUUUUGAACGUUGACCGUCGAGCUAACGACGGUUGAGCUAACCGGAGUCGGUUAAGUCGCCAAAGUAAACAGCAGCACGCGUUGGUUAUCCAGCCGGUGUAGCUGCGGGCAGCACGGCUGAUACCGGAGGGGAGACGACGAUGUCUCGGAGGCGGUUGGACAGUCGCAGCGGGCUCUCCGCCGGGCUGCUCGCUGAAAUUCAGACCCCGAUCAGCACGGAGGCGAUGGAAAAUGUGUAUGAAAUCACCGGAGAGCUGGGGAGGGGGAAGUUUGCCGUGGUGAAGCGCUGCGUGGAGAAGGCCACAGGCAAAGUGUUUGCUGCCAAGUUCCUGCGCAAGAGGAGGCGAGGUCGCGACUGCCGGGCGGAAGUCAUUCAUGAGAUGGCCGUCCUGGAGACGGCCUGUAACAACGCCCGAGUGGUCAACCUGCACGCUGCCUACGAGACAGAUCACGACAUCGUCUUAGUGCUGGAAUAUGCUGCAGGUGGAGAGAUAUUUGACCACUGUGUGUCUGAUGAACUGCUGCCGGAGGCCCAGAUCACCCGUCUGAUCAGGCAAACACUGGAGGGAGUCCACUACCUCCACCAGAGCAACCUGGUGCACCUAGACCUGAAGCCGCAGAAUAUUCUCCUGACCAGUCUGUCUCCUCCGGGGGACAUAAAGAUCGUAGACUUCGGGCUGGCACGCAGGCUGGGUGCGGUUGGAGAGCUCAGAGAGAUUCUUGGCACACCUGAAUAUGUGGCUCCAGAGAUCCUCAGUUACGAGCCAAUCACAACAGCGACUGACCUGUGGAGCGUGGGCGUCAUAGCCUACAUGCUGGUGACGGGCGAGUCUCCGUUCAUCGGGGACGACAAGCAGGAGACGUACCUGAACGUGUCCCAGGUCAACGUGGACUACAGCAGGGAGUCCUUCUCCAGGGUGUCUGAGCUGGCUGUUGACUUCAUCCGCAAGCUGCUGGUCAAAGCGCCCGAGGAUCGGCCCAGCGCUGCCGAGUGUAUGAGCCACCCCUGGCUGUGGCAGCAGCAGUUCUGUGUGAGCCCCGAGCCCGCCGCCACCCGCACCGUCCGCGAGAGGAGCUGCGGCACCAAGUGGGCGGCUCCACCCGAAGACCCCGAAGACAAGGAGAACUUCCUGGAGUCUCCUCACUCUCACGCAAAAAGGUUUCGCUUCGACGACGAGACGCUCGCCGCAGGAGACGGUGACAUUUGAAAACAUGAAACAGGAAAGAGGAGGAAGUGACGUGUCACGCAGGGGGAUGCCCACUUCUUCCUCUUGAGCUUUUAAAAAAAAAACAACCAGCUGUUCACUGCCCUCUACCCCAAGAGUACUUAUUUAUAUUCCAUUUAAUUUGUCAAUUACAAGAUCGACCACUCAAACCAAAGAUAACCAGCUACAUUUUGUAAUCUGUCACUGAUUCGUUACUGUUAAAAAUGUUAAAAAUUGUGUGGAAAAUUGUACAGUAUGUCUCAAUCAUGUUUAACCUAAAGUAUUUAAUAUUUCAUGGUUAUAAUCUCUGGUAUUUUCAAAGGGCUGCAAAUACUGUAGUUAUUCCUGUGCUGAUGAAGGCUAGUUUGGAGUAUUUCAAGGGAAAUCUAUGCAAUACUUGUGCAUUUUCACUAUCUCUUCACAAGAAACCUUAGAAGUUAAUGACGCUCUGCCUUAAAAGUCGGAAGUUAAGUUUUAGUCAGCAGUGCUGGUUAUUAUUGGUCACACUUGUGCUUCAGCAGAAUUUUCUGAUAACUAGAUAAGCUAACUGCAAUGAGGAAGUAUGACAACAUCCUUAUUUGCAUGUUCAGGAGAAUUAGAGACGGCAGCAUUAAGGAGAAGCAGGCUUUUGUCUUUUGUGCCGCUGCGUUUUUUUUUGUUUUUUUUUUGAGUUAAAAGUCGGUAAAAAAAAGAAGCUGCUGUCCGUCUCAUGGGUUACCUGCAACGUUGCUGUUCAUUAUACUUCACAUCCAAGCUGCACUUCCACUUUAAAACAACCAGCAGAAACGGCACACAAGCAUGUUACUGUACAUUCCUUCUGUAUUUGCCUUUUAUUCAAAUCUGCAAUAUCUUGAGGGUUUAAAUUUAGCUCAGGGUUUUUAGAUAAAGCUCAUUUUAAUAGCGUAUUCCUCUUCACAAGAACCGCACGUCUAGCGUUUAUCAGCUGAGAUUAAAAUGUUUCUAUUUUUCUAGAAAGGAAAGCUGACGAGGAAGACUUAAAAAUAAAAUGUAACAACAUCUACUCGCAGGUUUUUGAGAGUUCAGGGCAUUCCUGUUUUUAGUAAGCCAGAAACUUGAAACAGUAACGGCUCGAAAAAACAGUGACUCAUGCAGUUGUGCACAUGCCACACCCGCACUUACUCAAAUGAUUUCCUCACCGAAGCUGCAAGUUCCUCCUUGUCAGCUGGCAGAAGUAAAAAAAAAAACACGACUUUAGCACUUAACUUCACGAGUAUCGAACCGAUAAGCAAAAAACUGGAGUUAUUUAUGAAAGUUUAUACGUUUUUUUUGUGUGUGUGUGUGUGUGUGUCCUUGAGCGGUUCACCGGAGCUCAUCGUUUGUUUUUUCAGUCCCUCACCAAAGCCAUCCAGUCUGCUCUCUCACUCUCUGCAUUACAAUAUACUCUCGUCCUCUCUCUAGUCUGGGUGCCUGAAGUGAUAUAUUCCUGUUGUUUUCAUCUCAGGGCAUGCUGCUCGCUCUCUCUGCUCACUGUGUUUUGUAUUCUUAAUCUUAUUCUUAUAGGCAUAUUAUUAUUAUUAUUUAUGUGCUGGACUUAUACUUUAUAUUUUUUAUGUAAAUAAUGAGCUCACGUGUCUUAUAAUAAAGUUUUGAGAUUAUGGUUGGAGAGAGACGGGUGACACAGGAUGACUUUUGUUUAAAGCAAAAAGAUGCUGGCGAGGUUUCAGUGUGACGGAUGAUUAUUGGAAGAUGAAAGUAAGGGUUUGUUUUAAGGUGGAACUAGGAAGUGAGACUACACAUGGAAAAGGAGAGAUGAGUCAGAUGGUCAGGAAGGAGAUGAUUCAAUACUUUUAUGGAUUUGGAAAUGUGAUGAAAGAAGCAUUUAAAGGAAUAGCGGAUAACAGUGGAGCUGUUUAAGUUGGGAUGUUGAGUUGAAGAUAAGUGGACAUGAAAGGCUUAUUCUGGGUGAUGAGAAAGUGAGAAAGAGAUGAUUUCACUGUAAAGGUUUAGAAGUAGCUGGAUGUUUGUUUGAAGAAGGCCCAAAGCGUGACAGAACCUCUGAGCAAUGUGAAAUAUGAGGUGCUGUUGACUCACAGGAUUUGCCAUCUUUUUGUUCAGGUGAGACCUGAAUAAUAAAAAAAAAACAAACACCUCACGUCUCCUGAAACGCAGCUCCGGAAACCCCGAUCGCUCUUUAACCUCCAGUGAAACAUUCCUCUGUUUGUUCCCGAGGUGCCAAACCGAAUAAGACCACAUUGUGUUUGUUUGUUUGUUGUCCUCACAGCUGGUACAAUGGCCUUUGUGUAGGAGAUGGGCGUCUGCAGCCACGACCGUGUUCUCAUCUGUAUGCUGUCAUCCUUUUAAAAAACAAAAAAAACAACAAAAAAAAAACAACUGGAACACCACACUGUAAAAGAUUUUCAUCUCAAGUAAUUUAAUCUCACUGAGCUAGCAGAUUCCACUUCAGCUUUUUCUCCAAACAGCUGACGAGUAUGUCUCGUUAUGAUAGCGUCAGGUGAUUAUAGGAACCGACUGUAUAAGGACAUAAGCUUGAAUCUUUAUUUCAUCUCAAGAGUCUUUUUUCUACUUUGCUUUUUUUUUUUUUUUUUUUUCCUAAUACCUCAUACAAACAGGUGGCUGUCUUGAAAUCAAUACGGCUGAAACGAUGUAACUUCACAGAGGAAGUUUCACAAGUUUUAAAUUUCUCAAGCUCAGCCGACGCUGCCCUCCCUGUUGUUGCAGCAAACAAGGUUUCAAGACUUGACAAAUAGAUCCGGAAGAGAGAGAGACUUGUUUUUGCAGUGCGGUGACGUCACGCGAGCCCAGCAGGGAUCUCACUUUGCAGGAUGACGAAACGUUCGAACCCGUCAGACAAAGUGGCUCGUGUGUGUGUGUGUGUGUGCUGGCGUUUGUCUCCGUGUCACUUGAAACGUGACUUAAUGCUGUGGUGUUGAUAUUGUUAUGCAGCUAUUGUACUGUGUUAUUUUCAGUUACUGUGUGUGUGUGUGUGUGUGUGUGAGAGAGAGAGUGCUCAUUGUGUGAGCAGGGAGGCGCUCAGCUGGCAGUCGAGCUGUUAUCCUCACAAACUGGUGCUCCAGUUAACGUCAGGCCGACUGAUGUCAGCCAACAUUCCUGUUUGUUUCUCCUCGAACGCAGCGAGACUGAAGGAAACUGUAUGUUAAAGAGUCAAACCAGCCACAAGCACAAGCAAACACAUGUUUCAGAGAUGUAUGUUUAUUUUGCAUUUUAUAUAUAUUUUUUAAUGUAUGAGCGUUCUGAUUGCAUUUGAAAUGACUAAGAAAAAAAAAAAAACCAUAAUCCGUGUUGUAUUCUGAUCAGCUGCAGGCUAAUAUUUAGGCAUCAAACAGCAAAGUGAAAAAGCUCAUUAAAGAUCGUAGAAAAUAUG